GCCCAUAACGAGGAUCUUACCGCCAGAGAGACCUGCAAGGCUGGGUUCUCUGAGGAAGAUUACACGGCAUUAAUCUCCCCCAACAUCCUGCAGGGAGAGAAGCUCCUCAAAGUUAAGUUCAGCAGCUGUUUGGGGACCAAGGGGACGCAGUAUGAGACCAACAGCUUGGACUUCAAAGUCGGGGCAGACGGGACAGUCUUCGCCACUCGGGAGCUGCAGAUCCCUUCCGAGCAGGUGGCCUUCACGGUGACAGCAAAGGACCACCAGACCGCCAAGCAGUGGGACACCAUGGUGCGGCUGCUGGUGACCCAGACCUGGUCCUCGCACUCUGGACACAAGAAAGGAAAGAAGAACGUGGCCCCGGACCCCGAUCAGCCCCCCAAGGACACGCUACUACCGUGGCCCCAGCACCAGAGCUCCGGCGGGCUGAGGCGGCAGAAACGGGACUGGGUCAUCCCUCCCAUCAACGUGCCGGAGAACUCCCGAGGGCCCUUCCCGCAGCAGCUGGUGAGGAUCCGGUCCGACAAAGACAACGACAUCCCCAUCCGGUACAGCAUCACAGGAGUGGGCGCUGACCAGCCACCUAUGGAGGUCUUCAGCAUUGACUCCAUGUCCGGCCGCAUGUAUGUCACACGGCCCAUGGAUCGGGAGGAGCGAGCGUCUUACCACCUCCGAGCCCACGCCGUGGACAUGAACGGCAACAAGGUGGAGAACCCCAUCGACCUGUACAUCUACGUCAUCGACAUGAACGACAACCGCCCCGAGUUCAUCAACCAGGUCUACAACGGCUCCGUGGACGAGGGCUCCAAGCCAGGAACCUACGUGAUGACAGUCACGGCCAAUGACGCCGACGACAGCACCACGGCCAACGGGAUGGUGCGGUACCGGAUCGUGACCCAGACCCCACAGAGUCCGUCCCAGAACAUGUUUACCAUUAACAGCGAGACCGGAGACCUCGUGACGGUGGCAGCCGGCCUGGACCGAGAGAAAGUCCAGCAGUACACCGUUAUCGUCCAGGCCACCGACAUGGAGGGGAACCUUAACUACGGCCUCUCGAACACAGCCACAGCCAUCAUCACGGUGACAGACGUGAACGACAACCCGCCAGAGUUCACUGCGAGCACGUUUGCAGGAGAGGUCCCUGAGAACAGGGUGGAGACGGUGGUCGCCAACCUCACCGUCAUGGACCGCGACCAGCCCCACUCGCCCAACUGGAACGCCGUCUACCGCAUCAUCAGCGGGGACCCCUCGGGGCACUUCAGCGUCCGCACCGACCCUGCCACCAACGAGGGCAUGGUCACCGUGGUGAAGGCAGUGGACUACGAGCUGAACAGGGCCUUCAUGCUGACCGUGAUGGUGUCCAACCAGGCACCCCUGGCCAGUGGGAUCCAGAUGUCCUUCCAGUCCACGGCAGGAGUGACCAUCUCCGUCACGGACCUCAACGAGGCGCCCUACUUCCCCUCCAACCGCAAGCUGAUCCGCCUGGAGGAGGGUGUGCCCGCCGGCACCGCACUCACCACCUUCUCGGCUGUGGACCCUGACCGCUUCAUGCAGCAGGCUGUGAGGUACUCAAAGCUGUCCGACCCAGCGAACUGGCUGCACAUCAAUGCCUCCAACGGUCAGAUCACCACGGCGGCCAUCCUGGACCGCGAGUCCCUGUACAUCAAAAACAAUGUCUACGAGGCAACCUUCCUGGCAGCGGACAAUGCCCGCGGCCGUGGGGCAGGCUCCGGGACUGCUGCUGCGUCUGGAGUUCUGGUCACGGCACAUUACCGUGGUACCCCCACGCGUGUGACCUGUUCCCGUGGGAACCCGAUCCGAGGGAGCGGAGGACGUCUGCCGCCACGGGGCUGCGCCCUGUACAGGCUCCACCCAAUCCGCCCGCCCCCCGGGAUUUUGGACCGCCGCCCCACGGUCCACAUCCUAUCAGCGCUCAGAAAAGCCCUACAGGCGAAUGCAGACGCGCAAGGGCUCCGAGCUGCUGACAACGACCCCACGGCACCCCCUUACGACUCCCUGCUGGUCUUCGACUACGAGGGGAGCGGCUCCACCGCGGGCUCGGUCAGCUCCCUGAACUCGUCCAGCUCCGGGGACCAGGACUACGACUACCUGAACGACUGGGGGCCCCGGUUCCGGAAGCUGGCGGACAUGUACGGGGGCGGCGAGGAGGACUAGCCGGCCUCUGCCUUUGGGCCGCAAAUGAGAGCAGCGCUCGGACAGGAGGAGCAGGGCUCUGCAGAGGCAGUGGUCUUCCCGACCCUCCCUGCGGACCCGCGGACGGACGGACGGACGGACGGAGGGGGACGCUGGGUUCCGGGGUCUGGAGGCCCUCCCGCCCCGCCCGCCCGCCCUCCCCGUGGAGCUGUCCAGCACGGACACCCGCCCUGCUGCCGCCGCAGUCGCCGCGUACCGCGAAGGGAGAGCCAGAGGCACUGUCCUAACUUGAAUUUCCUAGAACAAACUCACUGUUAAAAAAACAAAAGUGCCUUUUGGUACACGUGUCAGACCCCCUAAACUCAGGAGUGACUGGAAGCAGCAGACAGCCCAAGCCCCCUCUGCCCCAGACCCCUGCCCCUGAGCCCAGCUAGUAGUCCCACUCAGACGGCGUCCAGCCACACGGGGGAAGGAGUCCUUCUGGGGCUUUUUUCUUUUUGUACUAGGGGGAAAAAAGAAUGACUCAUUUGAAAUAAGGGUUUGGGGUUCAAACCCCAACAGCCUUUGCGGUACAGUGGGAGUCUCCUGGGCCCCUUUGGGGCUUCCGAGGCCGGCAGGCAAGGACUAGCCAAGCCUCUGACGACCAAAGCCAAGGCUGUGUGGAGCUGACUUUCACCUCGAUUUGUGACUGCCCCCUCCCACUCCCAGAUGCUGUAAAUAGCUGGGGCCCGGGGUCUCCCCUCUGCCCUUGGCCAUCCCAGUGCCCCCCAGUCCACCAGACCAGCUGUCACUCCAGUGCCACCGAGCUCCCCCUUGCCUUUGGCCCAGGAGAGUGUGUUGUCCAAGAAGCCAGGGUCCUGCAGCACCCUGGCGUGAGCCCUCCACCCCGUGGGGUAGGACUCGAAGGGACCCCGGCGGGCCCAGUGAAAGCUCAGCAGCCCUGAUUGCCCUUGACCCGGCCGCGCCCAGCGCCGGGCAGGUAACAAAGCAUGCGGAGCCUCCCCCGCCGCUGAACGGCCCCCGUCGGUGAGCGGGCAGGUUCGGUACCAGCACCAACCUCAGAGGACUCAGGCAGCCCCUUGUCUCCUGGCCCGUUUGACCUGAGCUCUGACACUUGGGAACUGCUGCGGACCCCAAGGACCCGCUCCGAGUGGCCGCCUGGUCCAGGAUGCCUCUGGCCUACUCACUCCAGAAACAGUUAACCGCCUUUCCUUGGACCCGCAUCUGGCGCCGUGCUGCGGUCCCUCAGCGGGCGUUGCUCCUGCCGUGGACGCUGGCCUCAGGCCUGACUGCGGGCAGCGAUGAGUUCUGCCGGAAAGAAGAGACCGUGUGCGGACCCCGGGCCCCGGGUGAAAACCGGGCCUGGGACGUCUGUGUCCGGGCCGGGUGUCCUGUGCUUGGACAGCUUUCUGGCUCAGCGCAGAAGGGAGGUCGUGCUCCCUGGGCUCCUCUUGGGGGUGGGGGGCUGCAGCAUUCACAUCGGACAGGAUGCUGGAGCCCCCGCCCACGCCUGCUUCUGGGGUGGGGAGGUUGGUGGUGCCAGGGGCAGCAUGUCCCCGUCUGGGGGUCUUGGACCCACUGCUCAGCCUGUUGCUAAGGUUGUCCCCUUUUCUACCCAGCUUUGGCCUAAAGACACCCGGAGUGGGCUCCUGAGCGCCACACUCGUGGGUGUGUCCCGUUGGACGUCAGGGUUCCCCUAACCAAGCUCAUCCCCGCCGCAGUCCUCCCAGAGCGGGGACGGGCUCUGUCCGCGCUGACCCCCGCCGGGACUGCCGAGGAGGGCUGCAGGCGCCGCUCCCCGCAGACGGCCGUCCGGCAGGGGGGCUCACGAAGGCCAGGGAGGGUCCCAGUCCUCAGCCGUGCUAUGCAAAUUGCUCGAGUCUGGCAGCCAAUGAGAUGGUCCUGAGAGUCUGGGGGCGUGGUCAUCGGAGGGACUGCUGCGCCAGCGCCGCGGGAUGGGAGCUGGGGUUUUCUGUUUUUGUGUUCUGGACAGUUCAUCCUCCUGGAAGUCCUGAGCCCGAGGGGUGUGAGUGGAUUGUUUGACGCGUGCGUAUGAUCAGGAGCCGAGGCAGCCAUGAACUGCUUUCUCCCGGGCUCCCGGGACCAAGUGCCCGCGAUGCCUGCCUCUGGGCUCCUCUUCCCCCCGCGGCUCCUCACUGCCAGCCCCCCACGCCCCUAAAUCGUGAAGGCUGAGGCUACAGCACCAGCUGCGGGGCAAUCGGUGGGGGCUUCCCCUGACAGCUGGACAGCUCCACCCCUUCACCCCACACUUCAGUCAGCCCCCAGCGCCAGAAAAAGACGGGGUUCCCACGCCCUGCUAGAUCCAUCUCGGAACUCCGCUCAAGGCCGAGUUAGCAUUAGCCAAGCGUACAAUCAGUGUCAAAUGUCUGUCUUCUGUAGCUUGUAGAUACAACCUGUCUAUGGCGGGCCGUCGGCACGCUGGCGGGGUGCAGGGCACGGUUCAGCUCCUUCAGCGGAUUCGCCUUCUGCCAGCAGGAGAAACCUGCCCUGCAGGGCGGCGCGCCCGGAGCACGCUGGCCUUGGUCAGCCCGGUGGGCCCCACACCUGGCCGGCAGGCUUCCCCUCCCUUGCCCCUCAGCACAUCCAAAAUGCUAGGCCUCUUGCCACCCGAGGGUCAGCGUGAAGGCCAACCGCCAGGCCCUCCGAGGUGCCUGUUUCCCUAGCGUCAGUCCAUGGUCCGUUGAGAUGACAACUACGUUUCCUCCGAGGUACAACGUCAGGGGAGGGAAGAGUCUCAAUUCCCAUCGACACUAAACAAAAUAACACCAAAAAAUCAAAACGAACCCCACGCACAGAGCACCGCGUGCACUAACAGGCCCUGCUCUGAGCCGGGGUCCAGCGGGGAGCGCCCGUGUGCGCCUGGAACGCAUUUUACUUUUUCUUUCUCUCUUUUCCUCAUUCUGAUUUGUUUUGCAUGUUUCUUUUUGAAAAUGGACCGAUGUGUAGCAGCCCGCAUGACCGUGGUUGUUCUGGGAAAGACCCUGGAGUAUGAUGUGUGCACACUGCAAGUCUGAGCACCGCGCGGUUAGACAAGCGUCCCGACUUCUUUUGUAAUCGUCGACAGCACAACUAUUUUGUAUUGUUGUUUGUAUCAUUUUGUACCGAAAAAAAAAGGAAAAAAAAAGGGAACAGAGUCGAUGUUUUCAAUGUGUUUUUAGUGCCAGGCGGUCUUGGUUCCAAUCGGAAUAGCAUCUUUGCAGAGUUGUCGUGUACUGGAGCGGGGUCAGGCAUUGGCACGCUGCUCCAAAGGAGUGAAUAAAGUCCCCUUUGAAGUA